UGCUACGUGUAUGAAUUUGUAGCUUCUGCUCGUCAGACAUUUUGGAGAAGCCGUUCAAUCGAUUUAGAGACGUAUCCUCUCUUUACAAGCUAUUUGGUGUGAAAGGGUGGUCAACCCUAGACAGUCAAUCUCACAAUUUCAUUUGUUUACCAACUCCACAUGCACUAACGGAUGUUGCCAUCAGAUGAAGUCAGGAGAAAUAAAUACAGGGAAUCUUGUAGUUUUGUGAUUCUAUUUCUAAAGCCUAAAGGAAGGUGAUGACUACACCAUCAGAAAGUUGCUGUGCAAGAGAGUAUGAUGAGAUCAAGUCUUCUCUUCUCAGCUGGAAAUGUCAUGAUUUCAACGACAUGAAGCCAGUCGUUGACUUUGAUUUACAUCUACGAGCUGCCGGCAGCGUAGCAACGGGUAGAGUCAACGAACUGAGUGGCUGGGUAGAAAGCGAGACACUCUUUAACUCGAAAUGUUCAGUGAGGCAAGUACAAAGCAGGAGAUUUAAGUCAGCACCAAAGACGCUUCAUAGAGACUCUCUUACUUUACAGAGAGAGAAAUCGUAUGAGUUCAAGCAUUUUGACGAGAUUGACAAGUACAUGGAGCAAUACAGGAAAGAAAGCGGUGUCAUCACUCGGUCCGGCUCUCCUCCGAUUUGUGCAGAUGGACAUGCCAUGAGGCAGGCUACUGGAAGCCCUUCACGACUGCAGCUUCAAUUAUGGAGGUGUGAGCAUUGUCAGAGGGACGUCUUGAAGAAUGAAAAAAAUCAUGCAUGCCGCGUGGCAUCAACACAACAAACCAGUUACACUCCUACACAGCCGUUUGACGGUGGUCUAGCUUCUGCAUCUGCAUCAUCGACAUCAAAGUUCACUCCUCACAUUCAUGCAAAGACCGAGUCUCCAAAUCGAGCUGUUGUGAGACCGACAGCAGGAGCACAGAUGGUCCGUGAGGCUUUGAUGGCGAGACAGUCGAGUCUAUAUUUACGACAAUUGACAAGCAAUAGUGUAAUUAGAAUUACUGGCAUGCAGGACGGUGGAAGGAAAGAGAGCAGGAAGAGCAGUCGAAGAGGAGCUAAUCAUUACAUGAAAAGAGUGGCUCGGUCACGUGCGUUAAGGUAUCAAGAUGAUAUAGUAGAAGAUAUGUCAGAGUCAGGAAUUGACGAGGCAUUGAACGGAAAAUCUAACAAACUGUCAGCUCAAAGUGCCUUAGCUUCCUCUCAUUCUUCUGGUUCUCUUGAGUCGACGUCUUCUCAUCAGCUGACAUAUGUUUCUGUAUGCGGAUCUCAGCAAUUGUCUCUCAAGCCUUCUACACAGGUAUGCCAGCAACCAUCGAGUGAAAGUUUGAAUCCCUUGUACAAACUUGCUCGACCAAAAAUUGCAACUCACCAGACGUAUAGGCUUGGCAAACAGGACAAAGAUGCAAAGAGUAGAGACAUGGCUCUUGUCACUCCUUUAUUAUCUCAUCGUAUAUCUCAAGAAUCCGGUCUACCUCAAAGUAAGAUUGAAACUACGAAUUCGAUCAAGAAAGUUGAUGCAGAUAUUUGUAACGUGUCAAAAGCGGUAAACUGUAAGAGUAUUCCAAACCCUGUGCAAGGUCUGUCUAAGCAACUUAUUACUCCUAAAAGAAGUUCUGUUUUAACUUCCCGUGGUGGGGGCUGGAAAAGUUUCAAGGAUCGAUCUUGGUCCUGUGGAAAACCAUUUGAAUCGCGUUUGUUAGCAAGGAAACAAAACAGCUCGCCAUCUCUUUCUCAGAAAGUCAGUGGAAAUCUUGGUAGUUUGUUGAAUGUGAAAGGUAGGAAGAGUGAAGGGAAUAUUGCAGUUCAUGACAACGCUAGUGUGAUGAACGUCAAGAAUAAAGAUGAGUCAUGACACUGACACAGCACACAACUAUAUUAUAUUUAUGAUGCACAGCUGGAGCUCUUUCUAAGAUGCUCAGUUAGUUGAGCUUUCUAAUAUGUAUAAAUAAUGACAUACAGAACCAUGCACAGUUAUAUUGUAAUUAGCAUUGCAAAUUAUAAAUCUAAGAGAAUUAUAUAGUGGGAGAAAGCCAGUG